AUGGGCGAAGUGGUAUUUAGUAAACUGUUCCUAAUCAUUUCAGUUUUAGGGAAUACACUUGUUAUAUUCGUUCUACAACGAAUGAAGCGCAGCGCACAAUGCGGAGCCAUGAAGCUGCUUAUUCAACACUUGUGUUUGGCUGACAUGGCCGUUUGUAUCGUGUACAACAUCAAUGAAGCCAUAGGAAUCGAUUCAGAGCACUCUAACACACCUGUUUGUAAGCUUAUUGGUGGCUUAACAUGGACUACACUCUCUGCUUCAUCCUGUUUAAUCUGUUGUGUUUCGCUGGAGCGUUACCUUGCUGUGGUGAAACCAUUUGACUUUACACUUAACACACGUCGUACUGUGCUUAUGAUAAUAUUUUCAUGGUAUUAUUCUCUCAUGUUCACUCUGCCAGACUUUUAUUUCCUUAAGAGGUUGGAAGCACCGUUUUGUGGCCGGGGAUUAGUUCCAUUUUGUUCGUACGACUUUUUUGGAGGUACUGAUAUAACGGUGAUUCUGCUAAUGACUCUUUCAGCUACGUUCCUAGUUCCGCUAGUUUUUAUCGUGUUCACUAAUGUCGCCGUUAUUCAUGCAUUACUACAUGGUCAAGGCUCAAAACUUUUCAGUAAGUUUCGCCACACAGCCGACCAACGAAGACGAGGAGUCGUAUUAAUUGUAUUUUUAUUAACAGCCAUAUUUGUAUUAUGUUCUGUUCCGUUCGCUACUUACUUCUUUUUAAUCGCUGUGUCUGUAGCAGUGCCCAAGGAAUAUGCUAUAGUAGCUUAUUAUCUCAUGCUAUUUAACAGUACUGCUAAUGCAUUUGUCUAUUCCUUCUUCAGUGCCGAGUUCCGUAGAAACUGUAAAGAGUUAUUUUUGGUAGUGUUUAGAAGUUUUAAACGAUAUUAA